GCUCUUACCUGCGCCGUGUGUGCGCUCGGUUUCUCUGCGCGCGUCCGAGAACCCGCUACCUCCCUCGGCGGUGCUUCGAUUUCGAUCGCGCCUCGCGAUCGGCUCCGAGAAUUUGAUCCGGAAAUAUUUCGGCUUUUCCGACCGGGGUUGUCUCGGCGGAUUUUCCUUUCUCCGCUCAUCUCUGUUGCAAACAUGCGCGUUGCCAAUGAUGCGCGAGGGAUCUUGAAUCGACAAUCAGAUCGUUAGGUGUUACCGCGGGUGAUUUUCGAAUGCGAGUCGAUUUCGCGACAGGAUUCGCCGUCAAUAAGGAUUAUCCGUGUAUUAAAGUGCGAAUGUUACACAGUGUGUGUGUGUGCUACGAUUUUAAAUGUAUUAAUUUGGGGAUGAACAAAUUCAUUCAGUCAUUUGAAAUAUUCACCUUCGGUGUCUUCGGCUAUCGAGGACGAAAGUCUAUCUGGUGUCUACGAUCGUAUUUGAGAUUAGCGGGAUCUCAGGAAAGGUGCGAGCCCUUACAUGUAUACCCCUCAUUAUAUCGCACUUAUCCUUCUUCGCAUAGGAAUGCAAAUUACAUCGGAGAUUAUUAAAUGUUCGCGAGCGCACUGUAAUUGAAUCUCAACGGAGAUCCCAGCAGCGGUACCUUCCAUAGAGAAAUGUAAUUUCCACUUAAUCUCCGUGAAUGAUUCGACAGGACGAAGUAGUUCGUUUUUAUCCGAUACCUGCUACUUAUUGCAACGUUUCCGAUUAUAAUCUUUCGUCAUUGAUCUUUCGUCAAGAUUUCCGACUCUAUCCGCGGGCAUCAUUUUCCUCGUUAUUGAAGACGAUCUUCUAUUAUCGAAGAAUUACAGAAUCAUUUUAAAAAGGACUUAAGAAAAAGAAUGUCACAUACAAUCCCAUCGCGUAAAGGAUCAUUGUAUGCGUAUCCCAGAAAAUGUAAUCUCCUCUCGAGCUUUAAUCUAUAAUUUGACAGACAAAAGUAAUUAAAAAAUUAUUUAUUCUUAGAUGGACUUUUUUAAAUAUUUUUCUGUUGGUAAUUUUGAAAAUUAUCUAGAGAAAAGACACUCUUGUUCUAUCGAAACAAAGAUCUUCUCAUGCUCGUUGAGGAUCGUCGAAGGGAAAACGGAAGAGAUAAUUUCCGAUUCUUCGCGCGAACUUCCUUCAUUUGUAUAGACGCUCGAUUAGACGGUCGCUGCGCUUAUUCUUCGUCAUAUAUUGGAUGUGAUAUGUUUUAUAGAAGAUUACUAAAACUUUUAUGAGUGUAUUGUGAUUGAUUCUCACCGAAAAUUUAUGGCAAAAUUUCAAGUACUGUAUGCUGUUGAUUUUCUUCAAUUUCCGUGAAUCAAUUGAUAAAUCAAAAUAUCCUGACACUGAUACUAAGUUUACGUGCUAUUUUUUCAAUGUGAUCAAGCGUGAAAUGGAUUUAGCAUUUUUUGGAAAAAAAUCGGUGAAAGAAACUUAGAGGUUCAUCAUUUUUAUCUUCAAGACUCGCUGCAUCUUAAUAAUCGUUUCAGCGAAACAAGCAUUUCCUCAUCGACGUUAGUUAGAAAGUGAAGCGACUUAAAGAAAGAAAGAGAGAGAGAGAGAGAGAGAAAGAGAGUAGAUCUCGGUUCCCCCGCGUGUGAAUUUUCGUCGAUUGUCGGUUGAGGGGAUCAGCUUCCGAUGUGAUUCAUCGAAGCCGCUGGUUGAGCGGGUCAGGGACGAGGAAGAUAGGUACAUAUACUUAUAAUCAUCGGCUUCAGGUCGACGCACGUACAGCCUGGAUUUCCGCGCCAUUUACCGCGAUAAUAAGGCUUCGGGCACGCUCGAAUGCUUCGUGCUAUCUUUGUCCACGUCGUUCGCGAUAACGCAUUCGAUAACGAGGCUGUCGCGUUGUCACCUCGCCGAGAAUUCAUCGAGCGUUUGCAAAUCAACACCGAGUGCGGGAUUCUGUCGAUCGCGGCACGUGUCUAGAUCCUCUGCGAGAAGUGCGGACAUCGUGCAUAUGUGUAAUCCAUCGAUAUAAUCCAUCUGAAGAAUUGGAACGACGUUCCGCGGAAUAUACAGUGUGCCUUUGACAUGAAUCAGCUGUUUAACCGAAAGCAAUAACGAACUGUAUCGAUAAAAUUCGCGAAUUGUCUGUGCAAACAUAAAAGAGAUAAAAAAAAAAACGAACCGAAGAGACCUCGUCACUUCUACGUAUGUCUUUGAGAAUGUGCGUGCUCUGACUUAAGACUCGACUGUUGCAUUAUCGUGCGUUUCUGUCACGAUAUUAAGAGCAAGGAAUUAUUUUCCCUUUGUCUUGAAAUGUAUUUAUGCCGAAGAAAUUAAGAAAUCAUUAGUGUUUAAUGCGACAUACGACGUGUCGUGGACGCAGAAUAAAGCAGCAGCAUAAACAGCGAUCUUCGCUCAUCCAAAGACACCUUUUUAUUAUCUACCGAACAGCGAUAACGUCGCGCACGCCGACUGGCAGGUCAUUGUCGAUUACUCGCACGAGCGCGCUUAUUAAGCGCUCGGAGGUUCGUUAAAACGGUAUCCCGCCGAUUAGGCUCGCUGUACAACAACGUCUUCGUCGUUUCUUCCUCUCCUUCUCUCUCUUUUCUGCUGUCACCCCGGUUCUUUGUGGCUGCGUAUCUCGAAGUACUCUUACCGUCACGCUCGACGAGCUAAAAGGACGACGAUAUAAAGACGAAUGAAAUAUCGAACGGAAGAAAUACCCAAGUGACACGCAAGACCGAUACGCGUCCGUUCUUUUGGUGAAUGGUGAUCGCGUUUCCGAAGAGAGAUCUCUUUCUCGGGAAAGGAGGAAACCGGCGGAUUUAACGUCGACCGAUCGUUAAUCGCGAGCGAAAGGAAGGAUCGCUCGUCGUGGAAGAUUUGUUGUCUCUCGAUUCGACAUUUCCGAUUCGUGAGAAAAUCGUCAUCCAGUCAUCAGAUAUCUCGAGGAAAUGGGACUGGUAGAACGAGAAGCCGAGAUGCAAGAAUUGAACGCUCCCAGACCCGGAAGAUCGAGAGAUCUCUUUGGAGUUCAAUUAGAGGUUACUUCAUUACUCUUGGAGGGCGAGCGCCGCAAAUUGGCAGUCUUGCAAAGGGAAUUGCAAGUAGCCCUCGAAGAAGGUGGAAGCGUAAAGGUGAAGGAAAAGCAGCGACAGGAAUUACUUCACGCUAUAUCAAAAAUUCAAGGACAACACGAGCAACUCGACAAGGAGUACAGAAUCCACGCUGCCGGUGUUCUCCUAUGCAACUCAAGGGGCUCCGGAAAGCACUCUGAGAAUUCUCGCGGGCGACGAACGACGUCGUAGAAGAAGUGGAAGCGCCGUUGAAAAGAACCGUGAGGAG